AUGCUUACAGGUAGUAAAGAAUGUAUAAUCUCAACUAGCUCUCACUUUUUGAAGUUGGCAGAGAAGAAUCAUGCUAUGAUCCCUAAACUAAUGGAACUUUGGUAAUCAAAACUCAAGGAAUGUCCUGAGAAGAAAAAGCUAUCUUUCAUCUAUCUGGCAAAUGAGAUCAUCAAUAUCAGUAAGAUGAAUGAUUCCAAGAAGAAUGAGAAGAUUCAAGAAAUGAAGUCGUUUUGGAUGUUCUUUGAGGACAUAAUUUCUGAAGCAGUAAGUCAGGCAUACAUAGAAUGCAAGAGCUUAUCUUCAGAUAGAAAAGGUAUGAUGAAGGUGGUGAAUAUUUGGAAGAAUCGUUGCACCUUUCAGAUUGAAAAGCUAGACUAGUUAAUCUAAAAUCUUAAUGAAAUAGAGCAGGAUCUUAUGAAACUCAAGGAGAAGCAGAACUAGCAGCAUUUAUCCUCUGGUGGCAAUUAGAAGUAGAAAUCAAACAAGAAAAGAAAGCAUCCUCCCAUCAGCUUGAGUGAGUUCAACAAUCAGCCAGACUUCAUUGUACAAGAAUAGUGGCUGUCACUUGCUGAUCUGAUUCAGUACUAGAUCGAGACCAAAGCCAAAAUGACUAAGUAUUCAGGAGAACUAGAUACGAUGUGUGAAAAGCUGGAUCUUGUUGAUGAGAUUGAAUUUGACUGCAAAAGUGAUGAAUAUUCUAGAUUGUGGAGACUGUACGAGGAAUAGCAAAGAGCUCUGCUGACCUAGCUUAGAGAUUAAUUUGCUAAAAUUGACAAUUAACAAUUUUAGAGUCUACUUAUCACAUAAAAGAUGGAUGAAAUGCUGGAGAAAGUCAAGAAAAUCAAGUUUAAGCUCAACAUUGAAGAAUGA